UUGUAUUUUAGUACAACUACCUUCAGUAAAUAUCAAUUCAUAGGCCAACCAUCGGUGGAAUGUGGCAAUGAAUUCAUUCGGUUUUCGGUUAAAACUAUAAAACCGUUUCAUGGUAAAUUAUUUAUUAAAGGACAGCAUGCAACAAGUGAAUGUGUCCAUAUUUAUACAGCAAAUGAUGAUGUUUCUAACAACGCAAAAAAAUACUUUAUAACGAUACUGUCUCAGUUUUAUUUAGCUAACUCGAUUAAGCUGUUUCCAUCACAAUCCUUGCAAGAUAAAUUUAAUGGUUCUCGACAACUUGUUUCAACGAUUAGUAAAGACUUCAGUUGCCCACCUUGUCCAGUUUGCCAGCAAGUAAGUAAAAUAAGGAAGCAACGAGAAAUUGCUGAACAAACAGCCGACUUGAAAAUCAAACUUGGCUCUUGUAAUGCUGAAUAUGAACAUCAGAUUAAGCCUCGCGCAGUUAUUGUAUCACUCACCGUUGUUGUAAGUUUUCAUGAAAACUUACUUACUAAGUUGGAUCGUGCAUUUCGUAUUCAAUGUACUUAUAUGGAAGGUAGCAAAAUGAUUGGUACUGAUUUGAAUGUUAGAUCAAAAGUAAUUAUUGGAGCACAGUUUAACUUUUAUAGCAUGCCACAAGCUACUGAUUUAGAAUCAACGAUCAAGCCACCAAAUUGUUACUACAUGGUUAGAAACUUAGAAGGAAAAGCAAUCACUACUGCUCGAGUUGGAGAACUUGUUGAGCAUUAUUGGAUUUGUCAAAGUUCAUUUACAGACGUCUAUGCAAUGCUAGUAAAAAAUUGUUACGCUGAAGCAAGCGAUAGUUUCAAAGUUCUUGUCAUUGAUGAAAAUGGGUGUUCACUCGAUCCAUAUAUACUACCUAAUCUUAAAUAUGCGUCAAAUCUAUUAUCGGUAGCAAUCCAGGCGCCUGUUUUCAAAUUUCCUGAUCGUUCUCAAAUGGGAUUUCAGUGUGAUAUUGCAAUUUGUCUACGGAACCAGCAAAAUUGUAGUUCUAUUAUUCCACCCAACUGUGUCGACAGCAGACGUAGAAGACGUGAAGUUUUUAACUCAAGCACGCAAGAACUCGUUCUUCGGACGCCAAAGAUCAACAUUAUUGAUUUAGGCGAUGCAAUCCACGCAAAAUCGCCUGCAAAACAAUCGUCUUCGGAAUUCUUGAAUUCACAGAAUUACUGCAUGACAAUAACCGAGUUCGCCUGCGCAAUCUCAAUCGCAACAUUUGUCGUUACUACUGCAGCAGCCAUUAUAGGAGCAUCAGCUAUCAGUAACACUCCUCGAGUACAUCGAUAA